AGAGCCGGAGAGGAGAGAGAGCGACACAGGCGGCCGGAGAGAGAAAGUCCCCGGCGGAGGAUCGGCUCUUUUAAUGAGAAACCGGAGCGCCGCUGAGCACGCAAGAGACGGAGGCAGAGGGGGGAAAAAUACGAAAAGCACAAAACGAGGGGGGGGAAAGAGAGAAAACGGAGGAGAGAAGGACGGCUACUCGGUGAUAAAGGGAUUACAAAUACCCGUUAAUGUGAAAUAAACUUCUAAAGGGGGGAUUUGAUGGUGUCUGUGCAGAGAAGUCAUCUAACGGACCUUAACGAGGGGAGGAAUUUAAAUGCGCUCGACUGAACCAUGCACAGUCUCUGGCUUCUAACUUUUGCAUUCAGUUUUCAUCAAGGCUGGACGGCGCGAUUCUCGCAGGAGCCAGCGGACCAGUCGGUGGUCCUGGGUGAGACAGUGGUCCUGUCCUGCGUGGUCUUCAACUACUCCGGCAUCGUGCAAUGGACCAAGGACGGACUGGCGUUAGGCAUCGGGGAGGACCUGCGAGCCUGGCCCAGGUAUCGCGUGCUGCGCAAGGUGGACUUGGGCCAGUACAACCUGGAGAUCUCGGCGGCGGAGCUGUCUGACGACUCUCUGUACGAGUGUCAGGCCACUGAGGCUGCGCUGCGCUCCCGGCGAGCCAAACUCACCGUGCUCAUCCCUCCAGAAGAGCCUGUGAUUGAGGGGGGUCCGGAGAUCCUGCUCACUGCAGGCGUCACCUACAACCUGAGCUGCGUCUCACGGGGGGCAAAACCCCAGGCCCUCAUCGAGUGGCAGAAGGACGGCCUGCCGGUGCCCGGGGGCAUCAGCGUCACUGAGGUGCUCCAUGACAGGAAGAGGGUGACCACCCGCAGCUUCCUGUCCAUCGUGCCGACCGACACUGAUACGGGCCACAACUUCAGCUGUGUGGCCACCAACCUGGCCGUGCCCAAGGGCAAGCGCACCACUGUGGUGCUCAACGUGCACCACCCCCCCACUGUGCUGCUGUCCAUCGAGCCGCGCUCCGUGCUGGAGGGUGAGAGGGUCACCUUCACCUGCCAAGCCGCUGCCAACCCCCCCAUCAUGGGCUACAGGUGGGCCAAAGGGGGGGUGCUGCUGGAGGGCGCCCGGGACAGCGUGUACGCGACGGUAGCCGACCCCUCCUUCUUCACAGAGCCCGUGUCCUGCCAGGUGUUCAACGCAGUGGGCAGCACCAACGUCAGCAUCCUGGUGGAUGUGCACUUUGGCCCCAUCCUGGUCGUGGAGCCGCGUCCCGUGACCGUGGAUGUCGACUCUGACGUCACCCUGAAUUGCAAAUGGUCUGGAAAUCCCCCUCUGACUCUCACCUGGACCAAGAAGGGCUCCAACAUGGUUCUCAGUAACAACAACCAGCUCUUUCUGAAGUCUGUGAGCCAGGCAGACGCGGGGCAGUACGUCUGCAAGGCCAUCGUCCCACGGAUCGGCGUCGGGGAGACCGAAGUCACACUCACCGUUAACGGUCCUCCCAUUAUCUCCAGUGAUCCCGUCCAGUAUGCAGUUAGGGGAGAGAAAGGCGAGAUCAAGUGUUACAUUGCCAGCACUCCUCCGCCUGACAAGAUAGUGUGGGCGUGGAAGGAGAACGUGUGGGAGAAGGAGAAGGGCACCCUUCUGGAGAGGUACACUGUUGAGCAGAGCAAAGCCAACUCCCAGGGCGGAGCCGUGCUCUCUACCCUCACCAUCAACAACGUCAUGGAGUCCGACUUCCACUCGCCGUACAACUGCACCGCCUGGAACUCCUUCGGCCCAGGAACCAUGAUCAUCACGCUCGAGGAGACAGAGAUGGUGCCGGUGGGCAUCAUCGCAGGUGGCACCGUGGGCUCCUCCAUCCUGCUGCUGCUCUGCCUGCUGGCACUGGCCUUCUUCCUGUACCGCCAGCGCAAAGGAAGCCGGCGUGGGGUGACACUGGGGAAGCCGGACAUCAAGGUGGAGACGGUCAACAAAGAAACACACAGCCUGGAGGACGACACCUCCACCGUCUCCACGGCAACGCGUAUGGUCAAGGCCAUGUACUCCUUUCUGCCCUCUGUCUCCCUCUCUCCCUCCACUCAGCCCUUCAAGGACGACAUUGACCUGAAGCAGGACCUGCGCAGUGACACGCUCGACACCCGCGAGGAGUACGAGCUGAAGGACCCCACGAACGGCUACUACAACGUCCGGGCCACAGCGCACGAGGACACGCGACCCUCGUCCCGCACCAUGCUUUACCCAGAGUACCGGGCCACCAAUCCCACGGGGGCAACUGCAGCCGGCUCCACCAGCGGACCCUCGACCACCACAGGUGCCACGGGGGCCACAGGUGGAGCGGCAGGGGCCCGGGGGGCCUGUUACGACCCAAGGCCCCCGUCCAGGUUGUCCCACAACAGUUACGCCCAGUUUAACACCUUCUCCCGGCCCGGCCAAUCACAGCAGCCGCCUUCAAACCCUGUUCCCCAGGCCAGUGAGUUUCCUGGAGACUGCAGCCUGCUGGACUCCACCACACAGCUCGCCUAUGACAACUACGGCUACCCCGGGCAGUACUCCUACCGCCUUGGCUUUGCCCCGCCCCUGGAUGGGGGGCCGGCCUAUGAGAUGUACGGGACGGGGCCCACCGUGGGACCGGGCUCGGGGGCGGGGCCCGAAGCCGGGCUCAGCAAGUACGGCACGUCUGCACGCUUCUCGUACACCUCGCCACCGUCGGAGUAUUCACACAGGCACACGCAGCGCAUGCAGACCCACGUGUGACACACGCGCAUGCAGACGCGCAGUCACCACCACACACGUACAAGCACGCACAGUCCACACACACACACACACACACACACACGCACCUAUUGAUUCUUCAGCUUUUGAAGCUGCGAGCGAAAGCCACAAUCAAGGAGAGGGCAAAAAAAUCAUGGAAAUUACAAACAAGAUGGAGGACAGCGUGAGCCAGAGGAAGAAAGGAUGGCACAGGAUGAGCCAGCAGCAGGGUUAGGGGCACUGCACCUCCAUCUCAUCCCCCUUUCCCUGCCUGUCUCAGCUGCUCUCUGCCAUUCUCAUUUCUGCCUCUGUAAAUAAUGGCAGUAGACAGGAACAGGUGACGAGAACGGACUGUUUUUUGGGGGCGAUUCAAGCAUUUUCUGGAACAUGAUCCUUCUGUGUGAAAAGGCAUGCAGCCGCUCAUACGUCGUCCAAGCAGAGCCUGAGCCCUUCCCGCAGACUGGGACUAAAAGCACGCUCGUAAUCUGGCCAGCCUGGACCUCCUGCGUGCCCCGGGCGUUCCGGGGAAGGGGGGGCGGGCACGAGCCAUUUGCUAGGCGUGAUGGACGUCACGUAUAGCGGAAGCCGAGCCUGACACGCCAAGAUCGUAACUGUGCAGGACGCAUGAGGAGUUGUCCGUGUAUUAUAGAUUACGCCCAAACCGGAGUGCGAUUCACCACGCACCAUUCAUGUGUGACGUCAUGUUAGGAAAUUAGUACGAUGUAUAAGGUAUGAUUUUUGUAAACUUACAAUAGUAUCGGGGGCUGUUGUGCAGGGUGUAUCAGUGUGUUCCCCAUUAAUUAACCAUUUCUACACUCUGAUUUUACCAUAGUUUACCAUGGUAAGUUCUUAUGAGAUGGGGAACACCAUAUGCAUUUAAUAAUUUGCCAAAAUUUGUACAGAACCCUUCCCCUAUUAUUGUAUUUGUCUCUCACUUGCACAGUAGAAUAGAACUUUGUUUUUUAUCAUGUUUAUAUCUACGCGGAAAAAAAAAUACAUUUAGAAGCAUUUUUACAAUAUUUUUAUAAGGAUUUGUGGACCAAAGGUUCAAAGAUAGAGUCGUGUGUCUUUACUUGGGUGACAUUCACCAGAAGUUUGUCUACAGUGGGCCUUUGGAGGGAUGCAGGAAGAGGAAGUAUGUCAGAUAUCCCAUGGUGCCCUGUGGCUAUCUCCAUGUUGGUGGUCUUCUCUUCGGUACAUGUAACCAAUCAUCGGCAUCCUUGUUGUACACUGGUAUUUAAGUAGCCUAUCAGAGCAUGACAUACUGCGUCGGUGUACAAUUUACCACGGGGACUUGGUACUGCUUCGCCUUUCCGAUCAGAGACCAGAUUACUGUGUGAUCGACUCGGAGGAUUUUUACAGAUGCACAGUUGACAGGCUUGUCGGAAAGACCCGGAAUCAGAAUUAAGUUUGACCUAGCGGUCCCCCAAAUAUGGAGGCCACUGUAUGCUUGGUCAUCCUCCCCUCCCCCCCCCCUUCGCUUAAGAUGCCAAUAGCGCAUGCUUUUAGAUGAAGGAGAUGUUUUAUUAUGCUGCCUUUGCAGGAUCCACAAAUGAGGUGGCGUAUGGGGGUGGGGGGCCACAGGGGGGGUCGGGAAGGGCGGACAGGUGUGACAUUUGUACCAAACACUGUCUUGUUCACCUUAUGAAAGCCAGUAUUUGCAAUGUAAAUGCUUAUUAAAGGGCCUCCGUAUCUAGAGGAAUGCAAGGGCACCUUGGAGGUAGACGAAUGGGGGGGGGGACUUGUCCCUUUCAGCCUCCAGCAUGAAAACAUUUUGAGAAGUCCAGCAUGGAAGUUAAUGUAAAAGGUCAGCCUUGGUGGGAGGUGGUGGGGGGCGGGGUUGCCUUAGUCACACUCACCAUGGCGAUUAGCGCAGUGCAGCACUGAUUACCACGGCAGCCAGAGCAGGACAGCCAGUAACCAUGCAUAUACAGUAAUGUACCAUAUACAGUAUAAUACCCUGACUGGGCCCCACACAAGUAGUAUACCUAGGUUCUCUUCCUGUCUAGAACUCAUUUUUAAUAAAAGAAGAACCUUCACAUUUUAUCUUCCAGAACUCCUGUUUUCUUCCAGGUGAACAGAUCAGUAGAUUGUAAAUAGAGGUUUUUUUUUGGGGGGGGGGGGGUGGUGGUGCCUCCAUUUAAAAAAAAAAAAAGAAUCUCACUUGAUUUGUACUUUUUUUAUUUUACACAAUUUAUCUUUUAUGAAUGCCUUCCUGAUAUAAAUUAUGUAUUACUAUUAGGUUAAUAUUACUAUUAUUAGGAAUAUGAUUGUGGCUAUAUGUAUAUAGUUUUUAUACUUAUAUACAUACUAUAUAUAGUGUUAUUUUUUGCUCUGAUGACCAGAAUGGUUCUAAAGACUGCAGAGCUGCAGAUAUGUUGGACUAUAGGCAGAGAUCAUCUGUACAGACCUGCUCCUCGCCAGUCCAGAGCGGACCGCAGUGUCCGUGCUUUCGAAACUACCUGGGCGCCGGGAAAGACUGUACGCUGGAGGGUAACAAAGCAGUCAGACAAACGCAGCAGUCAUUAAUAUGUACUGUAACCUCUCCGUGGGUGAAUGGAUGGAGCAGAUGGGGCAAGGGUGGAAUGGAGGGAGCCACAGAUGGGUAAAUCAGAAGGUGGGGACUGCAGGGCGGUGAGCGGACGGAGUCCUCUCAUCUUUCAUCCUGUCAUUUACUCUGUCCUGUCCUCUCUCAGUGUAUUCAAACAAGGUGAAUCCCUCAUUACCCUUUCUUUCAUAAUAAUCAGCAGCAGACCCCACAGCGGGGUCUAUAAUGCUUAGACGACGAGCGUCGUAGCAGGCGAGGCGGGAAAAGGUGUUUCCAUGGGAAUAUCAGAAAUUCUGUGUCUGUUUGUCUGUGUUUGUGUGUGAGAGAGAUGGGGGACGUGACAGAACAAUCCGGAGUGUCUCUGCACUCCCCCACAUUUUUCUGUAAUAGGACAUUCCCAUACUCUUAUGCUCAUUAAACUGUUCUUUUAUAUCAGUGAUAGGACUGUACUCUGUAUUUCUGUCUUUAUGGGUUUUGAAAAUGUUACUCUUUUCUGUGUACUGUUCUUAAAGAAAAAAAAUGUACAAAAAGGAAAAAGAGGUUAUUACAUUUUACUUUUUAUUUUAU